GUCAAAUUCCUUUUUACUGCUUUUCGGUUUUACCUGCAUGCGUACAUUAUAGAUGAUGUCUCUGCACGGAAAAUCGCAGUGAAAAAGUUCCAUGUCUCGACCUCCUUCACCGCUGCGAGCAUCUCCAUAAUCUUCAAGAAAUUGUCCAUAAUCAUGGACUCGAGAAGAAAUAUACCACCAGCAUAUGACGAACGAUUGCGUCGUGGGCCAUUGCCUCCUCCACACCACAUGAGAGAACAAAUCCGUCUUGCCGUGGUUUUAGAGGAGAAAUUGGCUUCGCAGGCUGCGGAAAUAGAAAGACUUGGUAGGGACAACCGUACACUAGCGUCCAGCCAUUUAGCCCUGAGGCAGGAUCUUGUGGCUGCAAAGAGGGAGGCAGAUAAAUUCAGAGAAAAUAUUCGGAGUAUCCAAAAUGAAGGGGAUAUCGAAAUUCGAAUUUUGUUGGACAAGAUUGCGAAAUUGGAAGAUGAUAUCAGGGCAGGGGAGAAUUUGAAGAAGGAACUUAAGGAGGCACAGGAUGAAGAGAGGGACUUGAGGACAGAAAAGUUGGAGUUGAUUGCUAGAAUUCAGCAGGCUAAUAUAGAAUUGGAGAAUGCCCGUGCGAAUGUUGACAAACUUCCAGAAAUGCACGCGCAGCUUGAGGGCUUGAGGAAAGAGCACAAGAGGUUACGCAAGAGAUUUGACUACGAGAAAGAUUUGAACACGAAGAAAGUGGAGGAAAUGAAAAUUUUUGAGAAAGACCUGAUUGCCAUGGUUGAAGAAGUAGAAAGAUUACGAGUGGAGCUAAUAAAUGCCAAGACGAGCGUAGUUCCAAUCCAGCAAACUUUGUACAUAAACUCAGACAAUUCGUAUCCACCUACGCUUCACGGAAAAAGCAGCUAUCCAGACAACUUUGGUGGGCCUCAUCUUCAAACGAUUAAUGGGCCCACGAUGGAGGGAACGAACCCAUAUGCUGCUGUUGGUGGAUUUGCGGUCGGGCCUCAAAUUAUUAAUGGCCCGGUUGUCGGAGAUUCUUCGGUUAAUCCUGCAUGGGGAAAUGGGACCGUUAGACAGUCUAACAAUAACAUUUGUGAUGCGCGGACUAACAUUCUACAUGGGCGAUUUCUGCCCUUAGACAUGUCAAGUUCAGAACUUUACGUACAAUUUCGCAUUGACAGGAUCGCUCUCAUCAUUCAGUUUGCGCAAAAAAAUCCAUUCGAUCAGCUCAGUAAUGGAACUUGCACCCUGUUCUUGUAUUCAAGUAUCUUGGAGCAUGCACAGAAGUCCUGGUGUUUCAACUCCAUGAGUGUAAGGUGGCCAAGGCUUUUGACACCCACCCACCUCUCGCAGCUCAUACGCGGCCAGAAAAACCCGUUAAAGGCUUUGGAACUUUUCAAUGAAGCCAAAGCCCGAUAUCCAACUUACCGCCAUAAUGGGCCUGUCUACUCCACAAUGAUCCGAAUACUAGCUACCUCUGGCCGGCUGGCCGAGAUGAAAGAACUCGUCACACGCAUGAAGAACGACUCAUGCGAGUGCCAAGAUUCCCUCUUUUCCAGCAUAAUCACAACGUACGCAAAUGCUGGCUUACUAAACGAGUCAAUCUCUCUCUUCAAAAGACUUCCCGAAUUCAAUUGCGUAAACUUCACAAAAUCCUUCAACACCCUAUUAGAGAUAAUGUUAAAGGAGAACAAUCCAGAAGCUUCCUACAACUUUUUUGUCGAGAAUUGCUGUGGGUGGGAAAUAAAGUCCCGAAUGGUUUCCUUGAAACUGCUCAUGGAUGCCCUCUGCAAGUCAAGCCGCUCAGAUCUCGCCUUACGCGUUUUCCAAGAAAUGGGCUAUUUGUGGUGCUAUCCCGAUAGAGAAACUUACGGGAUAUUGAUGAAGGGUUUGUGCCGUGAUGGAAGACUUCAUGAGGCGAAACAUUUGUUGUACUCUAUGUUUUGGAGGAUUUCGCAGAAGGGUUGUGGGGCCGAUAUCACGAUUUACCGAACUCUAUUAAAGGCUUUGUGUGACAAUGGGGAGGUCGAGGAAGCUGUCGAGUUACUCGAGAAGGUUUUACGUAAAGGCCUAAAGGCUCCGAAAAAAUACUGCAAACCUCUCGACUUAAGCCAGAUAUACUACAAAGAUGAAAUCGGCAUUAAUCAAGUGAAAGGUUUGAUUGACGAGGCUUUGGUGAGAGGCGGGGUUCCUAGCUCGGAUGGCUAUGGAUCAAUGGCUAUCGAAUUCUACUCCGAAAAGAGGAUUUCCGAGGGUGACAAGGUGCUCAACGAAAUGCGCAAGAGAGGUUUCGGGUCGUGUUUUUCGGUUUACGAAGCUAAGGUACAAGCGUUAUUUGAGUUGGGGAAGGUACAAGAGGCGGUCCAUGUGGUCGAAUGUGAAAUGAUCAAUUGUGUGCCGAACGUGAGGUUGCACAAUGUUGUUAUAAAAGGGCUUUGUGAUGCCGGAGAAUGUGAUUGGGCAGUGAGGUACUUUGAGAAGAUGUCGAGGCAAAUCGGUUGUGUACCCAAUAGGGAGACAUAUAGUUAUUUAGUGGAUGGUUUGUGUUGUGAUGGUAAGUAUUUAGAGGCUAGUCGAGUGUUGGAGAAGAUGUGUAUUAGCUCGUAUUGGCCGAGGGAUGAGAUUUAUAAUAGGGUUAUAAAGGGUCUUUGUUCGGUUGGGAAUACGUAUAGAGCCGUUAUGUGGGUUGAGGAGAUGAUUAGCGAGGCGAAAACGCCUGAGAUAUCUGUGUGGUGUUCGUUGGUAUCGUCUCUUUGCUGCGAGAGCUCGAUCGAGAUGCAUGGCAAGCUAAUGUGCGUGGCUGCUAAGGGUGAAGAAUCUGUUGACUGUGGUAAAUUUGCCCAAUACUAUCGUUCCCUUUGUCCUGGCGAAUGG